UCUACAUAUAAAAGAGCUUCACCCUCCAUUUCAAAUCCACAACCUUUAUCAUCAUAGUCACUAGAUAUGACAAUGCUACUUCUUUUACUUCUUCUGGCUCCGGUUGUUGUUACCGCGGAGCGUUGUCACCCCGACGACAAAGCCGCCAUCUUAAAAAUAAAAGAUAGCUUCUCAAACGGGCGUGAGCUCUUGCCAAUGUGGACCGCAGAUCGCGAUUGUUGCAACACAUUUGAUUGUGACGAGACCACAAACCGUGUCAUAGACUUUUCCCUCACCAACUCUAACCUCGCGGGUCCAAUUCCCGAAGCAAUCGGGGAUUUGACGUAUCUCAAAACCCUUCGUCUUCACAAGAUGCCAUUUCUUAUUGGUCAAAUUCCGCGUAGCCUUACAAGACUCAAACAUGUAACAUUUUUCGAUAUAAGUUGGACCAACGUUUCGGGCCACGUGCCCUCGUUUCUUUCUGAACUCAAAAGUGUCAUGAUUCUUGAUCUUUCGUUCAACAACCUAUCGGGCCCAAUCCCACCCUCACUAGCCACACUACCGAAUAUGAUCGGGCUAGAUCUUAGCCGAAACCAGCUCACAGGGUCAAUCCCUGAAUCAUUUGGUCACCUUGCGUCUCCGGCUUUACAAGGACUAGGUUUAUCUCAUAACAUGCUCUCUGGUGAGAUACCUACAUCCAUUGGCAACAUGCAAAUAUAUAGGAUUGAUGUAUCAAGAAACAACUUGUCCGGGGAUGCAUCGAUGUUGUUUGGCUCAUCAAAGAAUACAUCCGAGAUUGACAUAUCGCGAAACAAUUUCGCUUUUGAUUUGUCACGGGUGACUUUCAUGGUUGACACGUUGGUAACGUUGGAUAUAUCACAUAACAAGAUAUACGGGGAAAUACCGUCUCAAAUAUUGGAAGCUUACAUGUUACAAAGUCUUAACGUUAGUUACAAUCGGUUAUGUGGCACGAUUCCUUCACCGUGGAAACUCAAGUAUCGAUCAGAAGGCUUCGAUAACUCCUCGUUCUUACACAAUAAAUGUUUGUGUGGACCGCCACUCGCGCAAUGCUAAUAAAAAUACGCAGUUUGUUAACACAUUUUCUUCAUGGUAUGAACAUUUAUUAUUUAGUAUGAUUA